AUGCCGUCAGAACACUGGAUGGUAACACUAAAUAAAGUGUUCUAUCCACUUCUAGCAAUAAUCGGGAUCCCAUGUAAGUAUGCUGGACGUAAGCAGCAAUUAGAAAUGUCUUCCAAAAUUGGGCUGUCUUCCUGAGCAAGGGAUGCAACCACAGAAGCAACAAAGAUUUAAUGUCUGGUAGAGCAACAGUCAGCGAUGCGGGGGGAGGGGCUUCUCACUGAAAGGGGAGAAGAAAAAUACAGUUUUGAAUGAGGAGAGAAAAACAGUCCUUAAAGCUGGGUCGUGCUUUAGAAGCUGCUCUCCCUCUUGUGUCCUUGGGAUUUCUGACAGCCUGUAUAAUGUCUAAGUGAUUCUCAUGCAGUUCUUCCAUCUUCUGACAGCCAUUAGAGAUGUUUACAAAUCAGUAUUCCAGCUGAGCCUGCUUUGAGCUUAUUUCUCGGUGAUCUUCAGCUGACAUAUCAUGACUUGCAACUGUCUUGAAAUUUACUUCAAAUGUGUUUACACAUUUGGAGCAUUGGAACCAUUUAAAAAUAAUAUGAGAGAAACAGUCAUAGAUGUUUUAGGAUGCUGAAUGAUAAUCUAAAUAACUCUUCUUCCCAAUUUGCAGGGGAUAGAACAGGGUAGAAUUUAGCUCCUGAAGGACCACCAGUGGCCUGAGAAAAGUCUGUUGACUUUCUCCACAGUUGUAGUGUCAGAACAUAAAAAGUGCCUUUCUGCCAAUGUACUCACACAAGGUGGUUUGGUAUCUUUAUUUUAGAUACCUUGUGUGAGUACAUUGGCAGAAAUGCACUUUUAUGUUCUGACUCUACAACUGGAGAACUUGUUGAAAAGCUUACUCGGUUGGAUGCCAAAUGCUGGGUACAACCCCUUAGCAUAGUGCCAUGAAAGAGGAAGCUCUAUUGGCUUUAUUUUUUCUUGGAACCUGAUCCUUGGUUGCCAGCUGAGCAAUAGUUUACCCAACAUGUACGAUGGACUUAUCUGCAGUAAUAAUUGCAAUGGGGAAGCCAGUUGAGUGAGCUGAUGGGACAGUGUUUCCAAAUAUUUGAAUUGCUCAGGGAGAAGGAAACAGCAACGGAAUGUUUGUAGCUCAACAUCUAUGAGAGAGGAGAAUGUCGUAUAUUUGGGAUCCAUACUUCAUACAGAUUUUGGGGAGGUAUGUGGAGAGUAAACGGGCUGCUAAACUGAGACGAGGUCCCUCAGUUGAGGUGAAGGGUAGCUGAAGGAAUAAACAGAACAAGCAGAUAUAAGGGUUAGCGGAGGAAACAGGUCUAGGGAACGGCAGAGUGGAGGGGACACAAGAAGACAAAAGUGUUGUGAAAAUACAGGGCCAAGGCACAAAGCGGGUGUGGUCAGGGCUACACUGACGUGUAUUAGGCACACGGUUUAUUGAUUACAUGCUUCCAGGUACGGAAUUUGGUCCUGGUUCUUGGGUUACAUGGUCUUGUUUUUCAUUGCAGCAAAUAUUAUGACAUUGUUCAUCUUGUGGCGAAAGAACUGUCGUAUUGCCCCUUCCAGUCGGUACCACCUCAUGGCCAUAUCCUUCUCAGACACAGUGGUCCUUGUUCUUUUCGUCCUCCUUGAGAUGGUCACAGAACAUUUCAGUGAAAGACCAUUCUGGUACAGUGACCCCUGGUGUACCCUGCGGGAUGUUUUCUGUUAUGGUGCAGUCAACACUUCUGUCUGGCUGGUGGUCUCCUUCACCAUUGAGCGCUUUAUCACUAUCAACACCUUCAGGCUAAAGAUGAGAAUCUGUUCUGCCAGGAACACACUGUAUGCUAUUGGUGUGAUCCAUGUCUGCAGCUACAUUGUGGCCAUCCCCCAUUACUGGUCAAACUAUUCGGCGGUGGAGAAUGCUACAGGACUUUCUAUCUGCAAGUAUAACCCUAAGCUCUCCAGAACAUACAUUGAAGCGCUUGUGUGGUUUCAGACUUCUCUGCUCUAUAUUAUCCCAUACACCAUCAUCUUCACCUUGAACAGCCUCAUUCUAAGACAGAUAAUGCGCCAUAACAAGGUGCACUGUCUCUCUCGAGAGGUGUUGCAUAGAACCCCACCUAAAACUCACUUAGGGAAACCAAAAAAGAAGUCCGUUAUCCUCCUGGUGACAGUUUCAAUGACAUUUGCCUAUCUCUGUACCACAAGGUUUGUUACCCAAAUCAUCAUCAAGACCUGCUACUAUGACAUAGAAAGGAAAGAUUACUCCAAGACCAUAAACGUUGUGGCAGAUAUAGGGACCAUGCUGGAAAUGACCAACACUGCUGCCAAUAUGUAUCUCUAUGCCUGCACCCAAUCUGCCUUCCGAAGGGAGCUUAUCCGGUAUCUGAAGAUCAUCGUGCAUCCCUGGCAAGCAAAAAGAAAAACCCUACCUGUUGUUUUCCAGGCAUAGAACAACAUACCAUCCAACAGAGAUGUUCGGAUACAUCUAUUUUGCAGCUGAGUCAGGCCACCUGAGCUCUGCCUUCAGUGCUCUUGCAGGUGGGAAGAUGCAACUGGUUCCAUGUCCCAAUGGCUCACAGCUUCAGCCUACCUGGAUGCCUGCUUUUCAGUGACAGCAGCAAAGGCACCCAAAUGGAUGAGUGUCUCCCAUGAUUUUGAAAGAAUUUGCUGGGCCAUUACCAAUCCACUGAUACAUAUAUUUUCACACUGCCUCCCGUUAUUUAAACAGCCUCUGCACAUACACACACAAACACCACAUGUACCAGCACCGUCUGCUUCAUUUGAUCACCAACCUCCUACUCUUUCAGGCAGAGAGAAGGGUCUUUAUUUGUGAACCGCCCUGAGAUCUUUUGAUGAAUGGCGGUAUAUACAGUAAAUGGAAUAAAUAAUAACAGCAACAGUACCAUUGUUACAGUAAGUGCACUUUUAACAUUUGCAGGGGGCGGGGAGUGCGGGUACUGCAUACCCUUGCGUACCCCCAGAAAAGAAGCACUGAAUAAUAAUAACUAUAAUUGUGCAUUCUGUGUAGCUGAAGCCCAGCCUAAAAUAGCAACAGCCCACUGCCUGAAGUAGCGGAAGCCGAUAGCGCCGACUUUGCUUCUUGUAGAGAAAUCUGUUUCUUCCUCCCACACACUACUAAUAACCCUUACAUUUGCUCAGUAAUGUGUACCUUUCUGAAUAUAGCAGAAUUCUACUGCUUAGUUCUGCUUUGCCUUGGUGUCAAAUUGUGUACAGUAAAACGCUUGUCCAAUCUUGUGGUGGGUUGGACAUCUGUAUCAUUUCAGAGUCACAAUACAGAUCUAAACAGCACAGCCCUGACACUGGAAGCAGAAAUCAUGGAUUAAAUGGCCGCCUCUCUGCCCUUGUACUUGAUUCCUGUGAGAUUUAACACCCACAUGCUUUAUUAAUGCUGAACAAACAUACAGGGAAGCGGGGAGGGAAAUAUAUUUGUACUAUCAGUUCCCCAUACAUUUAAUUUCCUGUAAGACUGCCGUUCUUUCCUCUGUUGCCAAGAAUAUGCUUGCUGGGAAACACGAAAGAAAAGAUGGUUAUUGGCAUUGUGAAAGGAAGGAAGAAGGGGUGUUGCCAGAUACUUCAAAGAACCUGGCACAAUUUGUAAACAGGGAUGCGAACUUAGGCUUUCAGGGAGGGCAGGGGAUGACAGAUGCUGGUUCUCAUCCUGAACUAUGGGACAUGAACAGGAUUUUCUGCUCCCAGUACGUAUGUGGAUUGAGACCUCUGCAAAUUAAAGUGGUGAGUGGCUCAGUUCUCACUGGCACUGAGCUUUGCAGCAUGCCCAGCAGCUCUGUAAGUAUUUUAAAAUAUCUAUCAAUAAACAACAUGUUUUUAAAAGGCAGCAAAAGUUCUGGGGCCUGGUGCAAGAGAUCUAGAGGCGGGGGUUUUUGGGCAACAACAUCCCUGAAGACAUGUUCAUUGUAUGUAUAUCUUAUGCUUGAAACAGCUGCUUUGCUCUUGCACAAAACAGCUGUAUCAAAAAUACAGCAGGAGUGCAGUGAGAGGGACCACCCACUGAAACAUCACCAGACACAUGACAAACCAUCAACCCGCCCCCAAAUGUGCAAAAGGUUUCCCCACCAGCAGCUACUGCAGAUGUAUCACAGAUUAUUUUUGCUUAACAGUUUUUCUAUAGUAAAUGGAAAUCUGAAUUAAGAGCACUGUUGCCAGUCAGUUUAAACAACACUUACCUAGAUGGACCAGUAACUAGAUGGACGAGUGACCAGGCAUAAAGCUUACUCUGAUGGGUCAUUGGUUGUUAACAAGUAUACAAAAACCCGAAAGGUCUCUCUCUCUUCAUUUGGUACAACCUAGGGUUGGCAUACAUCCGGAAUUUCCUUGACAUAGCUGGAAGACUGCAGUCGGAAGCAGUGUCCAGGCGGAAAUCUCAAAAAAUGUCCGGGAAAAUCUGGAUGCAUGGCAACUCACGUUGACAGUGUCAUUUUUGGCGAUUUCCCUUAAAAAUAGCUCAAAAACGGGGGGGCCACUAGGGGCGCCUUGAAAGAUGGCUGCUAAUAACAUCUUGUCCAGCUUGCAAGAGGUAAUCAGAGGCUGAUAUGGGGAGUACAUCAGCCUCCCUUCGUCUUUUCAGGGAAGGAAAAGACGCUGCCUCACCUGCUGUUGCCAUAAAUCACCCCCGAGUUCGGAUGAAGGAGGGGGUGAGAGGCACUAGGUGGAAAGCCCUCGGGCAAGCUUGGAGCUCCCUGCCAGCUUCUUUCAGGAGCGAGCCUGGCUGCGAUGUUUAAAAAGAAGAAAAGAAUUGGACCAAUAAAUGCACAUGCUUCAAGAGAAAUCAGGAAUGCUUUUAUCUGCUAAUAAAUUUACCACUGAGUGAAGAAGAUCGAGACGGAAGGACGAAGGAUGAAAGGAACAGAGAUAACACCAGAGAACUGCCGACAUUUUGGUAUGUGGACGGUACGAGAGGGGGAGGGAAGACUUUUUUAUUUUAUUUUUAUGUGAGUACCUGAUAACCCUCGCCCUCAAAAAACCGUCUCGACGACUAAUUUACAAGUGGGAGUGAAAAUGAACUGUGUGGGAAAAAUUAUAUGUCUGUGAAAGAUUUGGAAACAAGUGAGUCUCUCUCAGUGACGCAGUAAGAAAUGCUUCGAUGCGUAGGCAGAUCUCGGCUGCAAGAUGGAUGGUCUAGGGAGGAAGAGCCGCUUGGAUAUCAGGCUGGAAUCGUAAAUCAGAAAGGGCUGUUAUCCUCCUGGAAGACUAAUUAUGAGGCAGCGGGUCUGGAAAGUAAAAGAGUGGACAUUUAGACUGUAUUUCACCGGAAUGACAGGACGGAGUGUCUGCUCGAAAACAUGAUGGUUGGAUUUGUGGACAUAUGAGAGAGCAUUAUAAAACCCACACAGAGACAAAAUAAGACUGUUCCUUUUAAUCCACUUGUGGAGAAAACUCGGAGGUGACAGAAAAGGAAAAUGAAUAAAUGACAAAUAUGAGAAGAUGGAACUGGAAACAUCAUUGCAGUAAGGAAAGCAGGACGAAUUUGGAUCUUUGGAUUCCUGACGAUCGAGGAGCAUGGGUACCCCCCCCAAAAAAAUUUAAUUUGGAAAACAUUUGGACUUUAUGAUGUGUAUUGAUAUAAUUUGGACUAAUUGGUAUGAUAUGUUUAAUUUGGCAAAUGGAAACUUAAUAAAAAUUAUUGGGGAGGGGGGAAAUAGCUCAAAAACUUCUCUCUCUUUUUUGCAAUUUUACACUUUUGUGCCCGGAUUUGCACCGGAUAUGGCAACCCUAGCACUACCUGUUUUGUUUUGUUUUGUUUAUUUCUUAAAUUUAUACACCACGUUUUCCUGCAAGGAGCCCAAGGUGGCGUAUAUGGUUCUCCCUUCCCCACAACAACCCUGUGAGGUAGGUUAGGCUGAGAGACAGUGACUGGCCCAAGGUCACCUAGGGAGCUUCAUGGCAUAUAGCAAUAUAGUUGGGAAGGAACUUAAUUUAAAAGAGAGAGAGAGUUUUUCAAAAACAACCCAUUGCGGGGGGGGGGGGGGGGACAAUAACCAACAACCACUUGCUUAGCUAUCUAGAAAAUGCACCAAAAUAUCUUGCAUUCCCUAACAUAACUUACUCCUGAAGGUCAGGCCUGUAAAUGGAGGAGCCUAGAAUGUGCCCCCUGGUCAUGACUUUCUCUGGAUUAGUGGACAAUGUGAUGCCUAGUCUUCUUCCUCUUUACCUCGUGCUCAUUCAUUUUAUUCUCCUGACUGCACUGCUAGACAGGCUGGGGAGCUUGAAUAAUGGAUAGGGGUAAGGUCAGCUGUAACCUGAUUCAAGGGUGCAGCAUUCCUCCAGAGUCUCUUUCCAGCUUUCAUCUUAUCUGCUCUUAUCCCUACUUUUGUGGGAUCAGGUUAGUCUAUUGUCUUUGUGAGUUCUAGUGAAGGAGCAGACUGAGUGCUUGGGGCUGCAACAUGAUGCUGCCUCUAAACCGUCACUCACUCAAACUGCUCCUGUGAUGCAUACCAAAACAGCCCCGGAGGCUGGAGAAUUCCUGGAGGCUGCCAAACUGCAUUUCUUAACAUUCCUGGCAGCAACACCCAAUAGCCCAGUGGGAAAAAUUGAAGUUCAGGAGCUCAUCGUGGCAGCCUUCAUAGCUGCGCUUCAAAGGUAAGUCCCAAAAUGCAAGCAUGAUCCACUCAUGCAUGCAUGCAUGCAUGCAUAUAAAUCACAAAUAAACAAUUUAUUAUUAAUAAUAAUAAUUUAUAAUUUAUAUCCCACCCAUCUGCCUGGGUUUCCCCAGCCACUCUAGGCAGCUCCCAACAGAAUAUUAAAACAUGAUAAAGCAUCAAACAUAAAAAAACUUCCCUAAACAGGGCUGCCUUCAGAUGCCUUCUAAAAGUCUGAUACAGUAGUUUAUUUCCUUGAAAUCUGAUGGGAAGGUGUUCCACAGGGCAGGCGCCACCACCAAGAAGGCCCUCUUCCUAGUUCCCUCACAGCGCGGGAACCACCAGAAGGCCCUCAGUGCUGGACCUCAGUGUCCGCACUGAACGAUGGGGGUGGAGACACUCCUUCAGGUAUACUGGGCCGAGGCUGUGUAGGGCUUUAAAGGUCAGCACCAACACUUUGAACUGUGUUCGGAAAUGUACUGGGAGCCAAUGUAGGCCUUUAGAGACUUGAGACAGCCAUGCUGAAAUCCAUCACUCCAUGGUGUUAGAAUCAAGUUGGUUAGCGUGUGGUGGUGGUGGUAAUGCCAAGGUUGCAGACUCGAUCCCCAUAAGGGACAGUUGUAUGGCAUUGCAUGGGGUUGGACGAGGGUUCCUUCCAACUCUAUGAUUCUAAUGGGUCUGCACCUUCACCAAGGCUGAAUAAUUUUUUUACUAGCAGCGUCCAGCAGGGAGGGGUGCAGUGCAAGCACAUGGACUAGAGCACUAAAUGAGCUCCACCAGUGUAUCUGGUCACCAUUCCCUCCACCUUGCCCCUCCUGGUAAGCAGCAGAAACUGCUGCAGGGAGACCAGGUGCAUGGCAGGGCUCCACUGGACCAGGCACUGUUUGUUUCUGCAGUUUUUGAUAGACCCUACAUGAAGCAUGCCUGCACAUCCUCUGUGAGUUCAGUUUGGCAGUUUGGAGGAGAACUGGAGAAUGUUAUCCGUUCCAUCUGCUGCACAUGUCAGCCCCCUCCUCCUCUGCACACGCACCCUUAUCUGCACACCCACCACUGCUUCCUCCCUUGAGUAUCUGUUGCAGUUGGCAGGUGGUGCACAGCAGAGGAGGAGGAGGUGGCGGCUGUGAGGGGGCAUAUUUUCCUCCAGCAGCAACAGCUUGUCCUGUAUUCCAAUCUUACAGGCAUCACUGGCAAAAUACUGCUCCAGAAGAUGGCGCCAUUGCUCCUACUAUGAAAAAUAAAAUUCGUCUCACUGAGGGAAUUCCCUUCCUCAUUUACAACUCUGCAUGGAGACGCUCCCUCACAUGGCUUUCUAUGUAUUUUACUUACCGUAUAUUGUUGGGCAGGCAUGGAGGAGGAGGAGGAGGAGGAGGAGACUGGGUCCUGUGGGACUCAAGGACCCCAAAAUUGUUAGCCCGCUCCAUCCCCUGUGCCAAUCUAAUUAAGAGCCAAAGGAAGAAGAGUCUCCAAAGGGCACUGCUGUCCCAAAACCUAUUUAUUUACAUUUAUACUUUCUCACCUUUCCUCCAAGGAGCUAAUGUGGCACGCAAGGUGUUUUCACACCCCUUUCCCCUCACAACAACCCUGUGAGGUAGGUUAGACUGAGAUACAGUGACUGUCCCAAGGUUGCCCAGUGAGCUUUAUGGCUGAGUGGAGAUUUCAAUCAGUGUCUCCUGCACCCACAGCUCCACAAGGGACUGGAUCUUCCCUGGGAUUCACCCACAGUCGUGCCAGGGUGAUUUUGAGAAACAGCUGUCCCCACAAAUGCAAGUUGUGGGAUACUGUUGGUUACUCCUGGGAUCUCUUAAAGAUAUCGCUCCACUUUUCAGAGAAUGCAAGUAGCCAUAAAGCAACGAGGUCUGUGUGGAGUUGGGUCUCUGCGUUACUGCUUCUCUCCCACUCGAGUACAGUCGUUUAAAAUAUAUUUCUUAUCUGAGAUGGUGCUUGCAUGGAAGAAUGGGGCAGUAAUCAAUCACUUGGGAUUGACUUCGUUCUCCGACUGCUUCAGCUAAGUACGUAGCAGCCACUCUGUUAGCUGUGCAAUAUAGAACCACUACCCAUUACUCAAUCUUGCUUUGUGGCUGGGGCUGGAAGGAAUACUCCUAAGUAUUCAGGGUCAUUUGAACAUCUUUUAAAAACGAGGCAGGUAAUAUAUAGAGUGCAUAUGUUAAGUGACUGUGCAGCUUAAGUGACUUUCAUACAUUCACCAAUCUAUCCAUUUGUCUGUCUGGCUCCAGGCAAGUUUAGUCUAUAAUCUGAGGUGACAUUUGCAAGCUUCUCUUUGCAACCAGCAGGAAGAAAACCCUGUUAAAAAGUCCUUUCGAGUCAUACAGGCUUUCAGAAGCACUUGAGACUGGGACAGUUCAAGGCUGCCAACCUAGCCUGCUUAAUUGUCUCUGAAUAUCUUUGGCCUUUCAUUCUUGUCUGACGAUCAUAGGGCGUGAGCAUUGUGGUGUUUUUCCAGGAGCUAGUGCUGUAAACUGAUCCUUGCAAUUUGGUUUUACAGUGACUCUGUUCACAUAAAAGUAAGUGCUUCCUCUCAAUUGUCCAGGCAACUGGGUCAUGUGAAGCAGACAAGGCAGUUUCAUUAGGCAACAGCAGAUGGCCAGCUGGAAAUGUUUACAGGUAAGCCAGCCUCCUUGAUAUGUAUGAAUUGCCUUUCUAAUAAUGGCUUUGUGUGUGCGUGCAUUUUAAUAGAUUUAUAUUUUGGUUUUUAAAACCACACAAGUGGGGGACAGUGAUCACAUUUGAUUUCCGAAAAGUUUGUGAAGAUUAAAUACGCACUGUUUCAGAAAUUAAAGCAAAGAUUCCCCUUCUUUCUAUUGUUUUGUUGAGUACAGUUAGGGAGACUGGAAAUACAAACAACUGUCAUCUCAGUGACAUUUGACUUUAAACACCCACCUAGUUUAAGGGAAGUUUAUUUCAACAAAAGCCGCAUGGCCGGAAAGAUCUGCGGCACUAACACACUAACACCACAGUCAUUGAACAGCGCCACUUGCUCCUGUACCGUAAAAGAAAGGAAGUUCUCAGGCCUGUAAUAUCACGAAAGGAAGGGGCGGAGGUGAGUCUAAAAUAAUUCAUGUCAGGAAGUUUAAUACAGUACACAGCAAGAGAUCAGCCCUGCAGGCAUUCCAAAACAAGAUGCUGACAAGCCCUUUCCAGGUAAGUUACAAUUUCAUUCAAGAGAAGCAACAAGGACUCAUGUGGCACAUUAAAGACCAACAAAUCUACUAUGGCAUAAAUUUUGUCAACUGCAGCCCAAUUCCUCAGGGUCAUGAAGUGUUCUGCUAGGUUCCAGGAGACUAACACAGCUUCCCCCUGGAAACGAUUCAACAAAAGGGGAUGCAACACAGAAAUAAGACUCAACAUGCAACUACAUCACUUUUGGGGUUUUUUUUGAAACCAGUUAAGGUAUUUGCCGGUUUACAAAGCAGCACCGGCUGUCACAAGAAGUCUGAUUUUUUGCAACGUAGAUCAAAUGCCACACACACAAAAAGAGAACAAAAAACCUUUAAACCCUGUCUCCGGAUCUCUGGCUAGGAAAUACAUUUUUUAUGUCGGUAGGGGUUUUUUUUCCUGCUAAGUGUAUUCUCAGUCAUUUAAACUUUUUCAAGGCAUAUUUCCUGUAUUUUUAUUGCUGGUGUGUGUGUGUGUGUGUGUGUGUGUGUGUGUGUGUGUAAAAUAUAUAAUUGUGUUGUGCUUUUAAGUAGUUGUUAACUGCCUCAAGUGGUGUACGGACACCAGAAGGGUGGCACGGAGCUCUUAAACAAUAUAUACAAUAAUUAAAAAGGUGUGGCAGGCAUUGCUGGUUUGCAAAAAGCUCAUUUAUUCUGUGGCUCUGAAUUAUGAAGGAUGCCUGAUUCUGUCAGGAAUAUGAUGAAGUAGAUUAUUUAUUCAUCCUGAUACCUCCAAACUCCAGUGUGAAAGAGAAGAGUUUAAGCCCAACUGGGUCAAUGUUGCUGGUGAUGAGCACAUGGGAUUUAAGCAGGAUUUUGCAUGAUGAGGUGUUGAUUUGUCACUGUGCUGCACUUCCUUGAUUGUCAAGCCAUUUUAAAAAAACAAGCACAUUUGAUAUCAUUUGCUCUUAUGUUGUCCCUCGUUCUGACUGUUGUUCUUGCUAAUCUCUACAUUAUGUUCAUGGUUUCGUGAUGAAAAUCGCCUCACUUCUUACCUCCGCUGUGCUUGACUUGACAGCUGCCUCCAUUGAAACAAACUUCCCCACCCAUGCUUUGUACCUAAUUCAAUUUACUGAAGGUGCACUCAGUGAUAAAACCGAUAAGAGGGUGCAAAUGCAUAUUUGCAGAAAAGAUUUUCCAGGUCUCUGACGCAAAUUCACAGCAACCCGUGUGCAGUUUUUGCCAUGGCUUGUCAAACAAUCCUGAGCCUUCUUUCAGUUUUAACAAAUGUUACAUUACUCUAUGCUAUAGACUUGAUCUGGUUGGAUAUAUUACGCUGAAUAACUGAGCACAGGACAUAAUAAUGGCUUCUUCAACUGCAUCAGAUGGCGGGAUGAACACAAUGUGUGGAGGGGGGGUUGCCACCCCUCUCAGCUCCCCUAGGCAGAGUUUGGUGAAGGGCUGGGGGUGGAGCUAGUGAGCAGAGUUGUUUCUGAAGGCACAUAAAAAGUAAAUGCAGCAGUCUUGGUCCAUGUGGAGGGAGCGGAACCAUGCAUGUAGCUGCCCCCCGAUCAAGUAAAACAAUAGAAAUACUUAAGUAACUGACCAAUCACUUCAGUUCCGUCCCCCCAACAAAAGUCCUGCCCCCCCCAAAAAAAUCUUGGCUACGCUCAUGAGAGGAACCCUCCAAAACCCACAGCUGACCAGUACCUUUAUUAAAGCCAAGCAAACUGUCAUGAAAUAGUGGUAUGUGGAGAUGAGGACAAAGGAAAGAAGGAAGGAAUGCUUUUCAAAAAAAGCCAACCCACCUCAAAUUUCCUGCUUUGUGCAUGAUGUUGCUUGUUCUGGAGAACUUGAAGACAUGCCACCAUUUGGGGCAUUUUGGUUGGUCCUUAUAAAGGUCCUUGCCUAUUUGUAGAUUUUACAGCUACUUUUAGUGGGUCUGAGGGCACAGCCCAAUGAGUUUUGGUGAGCCUAGGAGGAGCACCCACGUCUCUAGCAUAUUUGGGCAGCACUUUGAAGAAUCCAGCACAAAAGGUGCAUAUUUACGAUAAAUGUACAUCUGUUUUUAAACACUGCUAUAAAGCGGGGUGGGGAGGGGGACAGCCUUGUCCCUUUCUUUCCUGGCAAAUGGCCUCAAGCUGGUUGACAGCAGCCAGGAGGGGGGAUAGAGGGGGGGAAGAGCACAAAAUACUUACUGUGCCAGUUUUUUGUGGUUGCUUGGCAACUAAUUCAGAUGUUUGUUUUUCUGUUAUAUUGCUCACCUUUUGGAUUAUGUACGUAGGUAAUUGGAUCUCUUCACCACCACAUGCUCCUCAUUUAUAACUUGACCUUGCUGGUUUUGCUGACGUGACUCACAGGAAAGUCAAUUUAUGAAUAGACAGCAUUGAGGAAACUUUGAACUACAAGGUUACCCCAUGUAGCCACCAAGCUGGAACAGGUACCUGGGAGAUUACUCAGACCUACCCUAAUCCUGUAGCAAUGUCAAAGAGACAGUGCCAGAAGCUCUGCAGGAAGAGAGAAAUAGAAUUUUUAAAACCGCCUUCUUGGAUUUCCUCACCACCACCUAAGCUUCAUACUGUUGCACACCUCCUCCGUCUCUGAGUAGUGCAACAUUUCAGGGGUUCCAGACUCAAGGUUUGUGUUGCCCUUUGGGAGGCACAGCAGAAACUGGGGUGUCUUUAUGAAAUAUGGUUUAUUUACACAUAUAUAUAACCUGAACCUACGAAGGAGGGGUUCACAGCAUCAGUAGCCCCAAAAGGUCUUGUUUCUCCCAUAGCCACAGCCUUGGACUCCAGCAGAAAUCUGCUGGAAGGGCUGCCUAGUGGCUUCAAAGCUAAACAAAGAUAAGAGCAGGAGUCUUGAAGCUGUUCAUCAAUGGUUAACACCUAAUGAGCAGACUGAGAAGCCAUGGGCAAGUCACUUGCAAGUCACUUGCUCACAGACUUGCAAACCUGCCACUUUUCAUUUGUGAUAUAUAGUGUGCAUACUCUGUUCUUCUGUGGUCUUUCUAGUCUGGACUGGACCUGGCACCAUCUGCAAGCCUAGCUGUGCCGUGCCACUGAGCUGCAGCCUUUCCCCAAAGCAUUGUAAAAGAAAAAAGACUAAUGAGCUAUAAAACUAGUCCACGAGAAUGGGUUUGAUCUAGAAAGCUUUGUUACCUCUGUCCCAAAACAAAACAAAUUCUGGUGGAAAGUUGUGCAGCCCUUGGAAUUACAAAGAAUGCUUGUCAGCUGGAGUAGAAAUCUCAACCCAGAACAAGAAUAUGCUUUAGAGCAGAUUCCCAGCGUAAGCAGAUUGAAAGAAUAAAUAGAGUUUACUCAUUAUGCUAUAGGGCCCUACUACCGCUCAUGACAUUUCUGAUUCCCUCGCUUUCACUUAUUCAUCUCCAGAAUGGAAGUUGUGACUCACAUUCUCAACCAGCCCACAUUUGCUUUCCAUGCUGCCGCUUCUUCUUUCCGGUGAGAUAACAAGAACUGUAUUUGUUCCCAAACAUUUUGUAAAGGAAUCUCUGGAGGCGGGUAGGGAGGGAUGCUUCCCUGGAAAUUCACCUCGGAUAGCAAUGAAAUUGCACAGAGUAUAUGAGAGAAGAGCUGCCUUUGGCGCUCAGGAGAGGUGUCAGAUCAGAAUGCCAGAGGCAGUAGGAGUGCUAUGCCUUUGUGGCAGAGGCCCAGGGGCCUCACUCUGCAGAAUGCGUAGGAGGGUCCUCAAAACAAGGUACACAGCAGACUGGCUCAUCACACUUUGAAGAAAGCGAUGUAAUGCACAUUACCAUGGGGGGUGGGUGAAGACCAUUUAAGAAAAACAAAACACAUUAGUAUCUAAAGAGUCUCCUCCUAUUAUGUCCAGAGUCUACACACACCAUUGAUUUAAAGCAUCCACAAAGAAUCCUGGGAAUUGUAGUUAAGGAUGCUGGGAACUGUAGCUCUGUGAGUGGUGUACUAUAGUUCCCAGGAUUCUCUGGGAUGGGGCUUUAAAUACACAUCAUAUAUCUAAAGUUCAUUUACAGCAGACUCUGUCCCUGACCCCCAUUGGCCUAGCCUGAAACCCCCACCCCACCCCGCUUGCAUAAAUCAGAGUGGCAGCUGCCCACAUGGAACAGAAUUAGGCAACCCAUUGAAGUAAUUUAGGAGGGGAUCUAGGAGUGAUUUGGAGUUUUAAAAUGAUUUAUUUGUUGCACAAUGUUAGUAUUUCUAUGCUAAAUUUCAUAUACACAUAUAUGCUGUUUUUUUAAACAAUACAAGCAGUAUUAAUUUUGGAAAUGCAAGUGUGGGGAGAAGCAGUUUCUUUUUGCUUUAGACCAGCUUAUCGUUUGUCUCUCGGUGGAGGAUCUCCUUCCCCAUAUUUUUUGUGGUCUUGAGGGCAGGCCAGGAAAGUAGCAACUGCGGUCUCUUUAAAUCGUUGCUUUCGGAUGUGCUCCCCCACCUUUUCAACCCUGCUGUGAGCAAAAGGGCUUCCUCCCAGCACGCGCAGAGCAUGGCUGCCUCCACAGAGGAGGAUGGUAGCAGGAGUCCUGGGGACAGCACAGGCAGGCAGCCAGUGGGUGGCUCAGGCUGGGCUAAUCACUCAGGAAGGGGUGGAGUCCGGAGGAAGCAGAAACAGAUGCUUGAUUGCACAAAAAUGGCGAGAGAGGGAGAUGGAUAAAUAAGAGAAAGUGUAAACAAGUGCUGGACAGGUGAAUUGAGUCCUAUUCACCCACGCAUCUGCCGCUAUAUAAAUAUUACAAAAAGUGGCCAGCUCCCUUUGUGGUGGUUCCGGUCCUGCUUAGAUUGCCAUUUCCAGAGGGGGAUUCUCUUCAGCCCUGUGGAGCUUUCAGUGUGGGGUUCCUCAGGCUUUGAUAUUAUCCCUCAUGCUGUUUAACAUCAAUAUGAAACCACAGAGUGAGCUUAUCCAGAGUUUUGGAGUAUCUGGUCAGCAAUAUGCUGAUGACACACAGCUCUACUUCUCCUUUACAUCUGCAAGUGUGGCUAGUGGAUGUGCUGGACUGUUGUCUUACCUCAGUAAUGGACUGGAUGAGAGCCAACAAACUGAAGCUCAGAUGAUGAUGAUCAUGAUUUAUAUACCGCCCUAUACCCAGAGGUCUCAGGGAGGUUCACCUAAAAGGAUCACAGUACAUAAAAUUAAAAUAAAAGCAAUAACCCAAUACAGUGGUACCUCAGGUUACAUACGCUUCAGGUUACAUACCCUUCAGGUUACAGACUCCGCUAACCCAGAAAUAGUGCUUCAGGUUAAGAACUUUGCUUCAGGAUGAGAACAGAAAUCAUGCUCCGGCGGCGCGGCAGCAGGAGGAGGCCCCAUUGGCUAAAGUGGUGCUUCAGGUUAAGAACAGUUUCAGGUUAAGAAUGGACCUCCGGAACGAAUUAAGUACUUAACCCAAGGUACCACUGUAAUACUCCCCCCCAAAAAGAGCCACAUCUAAAAGGGUAUGGGAUGUUGAUCAGGUCAACCAAAGGCCUGGUUAAAAAGGAACGUUAUUGCCUGGAGCCAAAAGGUGUAUAGCGAAGGCACCAGGUGAACUUCUCUGGGGAGAGCAUUCCACAGACAGGGAGUCACUGCAGAGAAGGCCCAUUCUUGUGUUGCCACCUUCUGGACCUCUUGAGGAGAUGGCACAUGAAGGAGUGCCUCAGAAGAUGAUAUCAGGAUCCAGGUAGGUUCAUAUGGAAAGAGGUGGUCCUUGAGGUAUUGUGGUCCGGAGCCAUUUAAGGCUUUAUAGGUCAAAACCAGCAAUUUGAAUUGGGCCUGGAAACUAAGCCAGUGCAGUUGGACCAGGAUCAGUGUAAUAUGCUCAAACCGUCUUGCUCCUGUGAGCAACCUGGCUGCUGAAUUCUGCACCAGCUGAAGUUUUCGAACCAUCUUUAGAGGCAGCCCUACAUAUAACGCAUCACAGUUAUCUAACUUUGAGGUUUCCAGAUAAGACAGAGGCUCUGUUAGUGGGUGGUUCCCUAGACCGCAUGGCUGGGAGGUUGCCUGCUCUUGAUGGGGUUACACUCCCUCUGAAGGAGUAGCAUGGAGGUGCCACUGGAUCCAUUGCUGUCACUUGAGGUUCAAGUAGCUUUGCUGGCAUGGAGUGCCUUCCAUCAGCUUCAGCUAGUGGUCCAGCUGUGCCCCCAUCUGGACAGGGAUAGCCUGUUGUCUACACUCUUGUAACCUCUGUGUUAGAUUAUUGCAAUGUGUUUUACUUGGGGCUACCUCUGAAGUUGGUUCAGAACAUGGGCGUAGCCAGGAUUUAUGGGGAGGGGGCAGAACCAAGCUAUCUGCAACUCUAUUGGUCAGUUAGUAAAGUAUUUAUUGAUUGAUUUGAUUUUAGAAGGAAGCUUCCUCCCCCCCCCCCCACCUACGCCCAUGGUUCAAAAACUUCACCUGGUGCAGAAUUCAGUGGCCAGCUUGCUCACUAGGGCAAGGCAAUCCUGGUCUGACUGCACUGGCUGCUAAUCAGUCUCCCAGCCCAAUUCAAAGUGCUGAUUUUGGCCUAGUAAAGGUAAAGGUAAAGGUAAAAGCAAAGGUACCCCUGACAGUUAAGUCCAGUCGCGAAUGACUCUGGGGUUGUGGCACUCAUCUCGCUUUACAGGCCGAGGGAGCCGGCAUUUGUGGCAUGUGGCCAGCAUGACUGACCUAUGAAGCUUUAAAUGGCUCAGGACGGCAAUAUCUCAAGGAUUGCCUCUCCCCGUAUGAAUUUUUCUUUAUCCACUUUCUUCAUGUCACACAUAAUUUUAUAAUAUUAUAUCCUGUCAUCUCUUUCUCACCCUUUGAAAGUGUCCCAAAUAUAAAUAUAUAAAUAAAUAUAUAAAUAUAUAAAUAUAUAAAUAUAUAAAUAUAUAAAUAUAUAAAUAUAUAAAUAUAUAAAUAUAUAAAUAUAUAAAUAUAUAAAUAUAAAUAUAAAGGUCCCAAAUGCUGCAACCUUUGCUCCACUUUGGGAUUUUUUUCUCCUGGAAAUUGGGGGCACAGGUGAUCAGUGUCUUUUCAUCUUUUCCCUGGAAGAAUCUGUCAGUGGUUCAAAAAUAUGGCUUGAGAGCUAUCUGUGUACAUUUAAAGCACACCCUCCCUCCCUGGGAGUCCUAGGAAAUGUAGCUUACCCCUCACAAAGUUACAAGUCCCAGCAUCCUUAACAAGCUACAUGUCCCAGAAUUAUUGGGUGUUUGCACACUUUAAAUGUAUGGUGUUUACACAGACCUAGUUUGUAACCCAUGUUCCUCAAUACCUGCUGAAUAGGUAUGAAGAGUUUGAAGAAGAAGAGUUUGGAUUUGAUAUCCCGCCUUUCACUCCCCUUCAGGAGUCUCAAAGCGGCUAACAUUCUCCUUUUCCUUCCUCCCCCACAACAAACACUCUGUGAGGUGAGUGGGGCUGAGAAACUUCAAAGAAGUGUGACUGGCCCAAGGUCACCCAGCAGCUGCAUGUGGAGGAGCGGAGACGCGAACCCGGUUCCCCAGAUUACAAGACUACCGCUCUUAACCACUACACCACACUGACAACGCACCUAACAAAAUUCCCAGAGAUCUGAUCGCUCAGCUCAGAUCUCACUACCUCAUUGCCUUUGGAGUUUUGAUAGCUCUUUAAGUGACCUGCAAGCUGCAUGUUGCAGAAGGGACCAUCUCUCCAUUCCUGUUGCAAUAACUCACCCACAAGGCAAACCAUUCCUAUCCUACAGUUAUGUCUUCCAAAUGUCGGUUUUGUCCAUAUUUAUGGAGGAUGGAAUUUUAUGCCCACUCACCUGGGAGUAAGGACACUUUCAGACAGUUGCUAUUUUCUGUUGGGAUUCAACUGCAAAUUCACGUUGCACAAUUGAUGUUGAUUUGGUGUUCUUGCACAACAAGCCUGCUUUCCCCAGCCACCCAGAAUCAGACUAUUUGCAAACAGGGAAGCAAUGCACAAGGAAGUGUAGGACAGCACUUGCUUGCCACAACUUGCUUGUUUAAUAUCCCUGCAAAUGAAUCAGAAUGAGUGCUCAAUAAACUGGAUUGGCCAGAAUCUCACACAAUUCGAUGGGGCUUACUUCUUCUGAGCAGGUAUGCGUAAGAUCGUGUUCUUCUAAAUACACAAGUGCAGGCUGCAGAUGUUUAUCCUGCUCUGGGUUUCAGUGUCUUGAGAGUUGCUUUCUCCAAUUCUUUCUGUAUUUGCUUUCCUUUCUUCAAUGUACAACAAAGGCCUUAUUGACUGGCUCUGCCUUGGGCCAAUGGGGAAGCUUCUGACCACACAUCUGUUCACUGAUUUGUUAUGGAUAGUCUCUGCUGAAACUGCCGGGAAGUGGUUAAGCAAUAAAAGCUAAGUGGAAAGAGCAUUAGCUGUGCUGACUCCGUAGUAUAAAUAAUAUAUGGAGAGAGCUCUAUAGGUGUAUAAUGUUUCUGAGACAAACAUUUGCUUUCUCCGCAGGCAUUUCCCCUCGUAUUAUCUGCCUAAGGCUAGGGCAAAGAGCCACCUGAUGAGGAGAAGAGAGCAAAUGAUGAGAGAAUCUUGA